ACAGAGACAUCACGAAAAGUUUUAAUGAAAAAGUUAAAACUUCUCAUGGUACAAGCUGGGCGGUCAAGUGACGUGACGGACGCCAGUAAAUGGCGUCGAAGUUCAUCGCGUUUCAGCUCAGGUGAAGAAGACAGUGAAAACGAUGAUUUGAAAACACGUUUAAAUAGCUCCAUGCCACCUCCAAGUUCAAAUUUCAGAACAUCAAGACGAAAGUCAACGGGAAGAUUGAGUGAAUAUGCAGUUACACCAAGCAGGAUGGGUCGUAAGGAUAGUAACUUACGAAACGAUAUGUUGAGUGCUCAGAAAACGGGCACUCUGGAGAGUGAGCCGAGCAAAAAGAGGAAUUCACGUUUGUCUUCCAGCCCUGGUUUGAACUCGGGCUCAUUAAGGAACUCUAGUGUUCGCCGUAUUUCGUCUCGUGCGAGUGUAUCGUCUACAGUUAAAGAUGAUUUUGAGACUGGUUCAGAUUCUGAUAUUGACAGCAAGAAAUGGGAAAGCAAUACCGGUCAGGUGUUUUCUCCAUCAAAUUCCACUGAAAGUGUGUCCUAUUCUUCUUCCUUUCUGUCCCGCCUGUCCUCAGUUCGACCUAGGCACAAAAGUGAUUGCAGAGGUGUUGACAGUAGUAGUGUAAAUACUUUACUAGGGUUCCGAAAAUCAUUUCAGUCAUCUAGUGCUACCAACACUGCGGACAGUUGGACGGCAACCAGGUCAACAACUAUGCCAUUCCAAUCCAACUUUGUCAAGAGGCUUUCUGGAUUGUCGUCUAGUACUUGUAGCUCUAGAGGAUCAACUCCAUCAAGCAUCUUUGAUGUGAAGGAAAAUGAUGAUGCACCAAACUCACCAAAUGGUCUCUUCACCCCUUCCAGGCGAUCCGGCUUCUCUCAGUCCGAUCUGUCUCAAGAGUUCAAGACUACAGAAGAUGAGGUGAAGUUCGGAUGCAACUCUCAGUUUGUAUCCAUGAUUCUUCUAGCCGUGGCAGCACUGUUCUUCACUGUGCUGGCUGUCAUGUAUGUCAGUGUGAGAUCAAGGGAUGCUGUCAGUUUUGGCCUAGAAGACAAGGGAAAUACGUUUCCAAUCUGUCCGCAGAAAGUGGGCUGGAGCGGGUCUGUCACUUCUGAGUGGUCCUCCUUGCAGGAAGAACUCUGUGUGGAUCAUCAAGAACUGAUGCCUGCUGUGAAGCUGGCCAAACUGUUGCAUCCCGAGUUGAAUGCACGGGCCAUCAACCAACAAUGUUAUGGUGGACAUUCUGCUGUAAUGUCACACCAUGAAAUCAUCAAAUGGCUUGUAAAGAAGUUGAAUGACCCGCAUUUGGAGCUUCAUUUACGUUCUCUCAAAGUAUUGCUAAUCUCAAAUUCCCACUGGGGCAUCCGAGUAGUGGAGUCUGCGUUUGGAGAUGCUACUGAAAGCACGAGCAAUCGUCGUCUCGUGGAUGCAGGUGGCUUGGCUGUGACUGAUCCAGAUUUGCCACUCUUCUGCUAUCUGAAGACCAAAGUGUUGGGCAUUCUCUACAGUUUCCUGUGUAUUGUUGUUGGAAUCUAUGUGCUUUAUGGUAUCAAACUAGCAACACAAUGGUACAUGCGGCACAGGGAACGAGACAAAAUGGAGGUAUACAAAAUGGUAGAGCGCAUCAUUGAACUUCUGGUGAACCACCAACAGAAUGCCACACCUGGCAAACAGCCAUUCCUUGCAGUCAAUCACGUUAGAGACCAGCUGAUACCUCCACCAGACCGCAGUCGUCUGGCAAAGGUGUGGAAUAAGGCUGUGCACUGGAUAAAGAAUUCAGAAUCUCGUGUACGCUGCGAAUUGCAGUCUAUUGCAGGAGAGGAGUUUCCAGUGUGGCGCUGGCUUCCUCAUGCUUCGAUAUCGUGCAUCUCUAGUGCCGUGUCCUCAGAGCAGUCAACACCUCGUCGUAACAACAAGGUGUGGCAAGGGCAGGCAUUUGUUAUAAUGAGUGGCAGUCCCAACUCUCCACCAUGUUCUCCAACACCUUGUCUGAAGAUAAGACACAUGUUUGAUCCAGAUGUGGAAUUUGGAGAUGAAUGGCUAGUCCGGGUGCAGGAUGCUAUUCUGGAGAAGUGUGGGGAAGAGGGUGUCGUGGCAUUGCACAUCUCUGUGGAUCGUGGCUCUCGAGAAGGAUGUGUGUACCUCAAGUGUGCCUCUCAAGAAGAUGCUGGCAAAGCAUAUCGAGCACUUCAUGGCUGGUGGUUUGACAGCAAUUUGGUAACUGUGAAGUAUCUGCGCCUGGAACGCUACCAUGAACGUUUCCCAGAAGCAAAAGGCGCUGUUGUCCCUCUACACCCGUCCAAUAAUCAGAAACUCAGUUUGCAAUGGCAGAGUCCAUUGGAGAAUAAUUGAAGUGUAUGUUUCCCCUCUUGUUUCUCAAGGUGAAUUUGGGCUUAUACAUUGAAACCCUUUUCUAGACCAAUUUGUAAAUGUGGACUGUUCUUCAGUUAAAAUAUUUGGACAAUUUGUUUUUAUUUAAGUAUAUUGUAACAUUUAUAGUGUGAUUAUUGGUACAGUUUUUUCUCAUUUUUAGGUGCUUAGAUCAAAUGAUCCCAGUUAGUGCAUUUAGAAUCUGAGUGCAGUAAUGACAUAUUUUCAUGUAUAGAAGUUUGUAACUGUUGAAGGAUUAAAAAAAAUGAUUUUCACUAUAUUUUGGCAGA